GAUGGACAACAGGCACAGGCGCUGGCUAUCGAGCCACAGGUGCCCAUACAUGUCGAUAAUGAUAAGCAUAAUGUGAUUGAAGACACCGUUAGGGAAGAGGGCGACGAACGGCCCAAUAAAAGGCCAAAAAUGAAUAAAAAGUCGCAAAUUCUUAGGGAAAAGAAGGAAGAGUUGGAAAGAGCAGCUGUGAUACCGGCCCCCAAAGAUGCUUCAAGCUAUGGAGAAAUGGGAAAACCUGUCGUAUUAACAAAUAUCUCGACUGACAUUCAGCGCAAAAUAGAUAAGGGAUGGGAAAGCAAUGCUUUCAAUCAAUACAUCAGUGAUUUAAUAUCACUUGAACGCAAAUUGCCUGAUUCGAGUGUUGUCUCUAUGACUGACUGUCGAACUGUCUCUCUUACCCUCUCCUCCGACUACCGAAGCGAUGAACUGCUC